AUGCCUUGCUUCACGGUCUUCAAAGGCAGCCCAGAUGGCUCAAUCAAGAAAGCCAUGACGGAGAAAACAGAGCCCACGGGUGACCAAGUCUUUGUCAAAGUCACUGCUUCCGGUCUCUGCGGCACCGAUGUCCACUACCGCACCCAAGACAUGGUCCUCGGCCAUGAGGGCGUCGGCAUUGUGGAAGCCACGGGCCCUGAAGUUCGCCGGCUGAAGAAAGGCGAUCGCGUGGGAUGGGGCUAUGAGCACGACAGCUGCGGGCUCUGUGAGCUUUGCCAGUCUGGCCGUGAAACAUUCUGCUCUAGUCGCAGCAUGUAUGGAUUUGCAGACUUUGAUCAAGGGUCCUUCGCUUCCGGUGCCAUUUGGAGGGAAGCAUUCCUCUUCAAACUUCCCGACCGUCUCACAGAUGUCGAAGCUGCACCGCUCAUGUGUGCAGGAGCAACCGUUUUCAACGCUCUCCACAUGCUCGAAGAUGCUGCCAUCGCCCGUGUGGGCAUUGUUGGUGUCGGCGGCCUUGGCCACCUGGCGAUCCAGUUUGCGGCCAAGAUGGGUUGCGAUGUCGCUGUUUUCAGUAGCACCGACUCCAAGAAAGAGGAGGCCAUGAUGCUUGGUGCGAGGGCCUUUUACGCUACCAAAGACAAGAAAGUGCUCGACAUUGGCGAGAAGAAGCUCGACAUCGUGCUCGUCACCACGAGCAUGCCACCAGACUGGAAGCUUUACAUCCCGCUUCUUAGCCCCGGUGCGACUAUUUUCCCACUUACCAUCACCCUUGGGGAGUUCAGUAUCCCCUCCCAGGCUCUUAUUUCUAUGGGGCUCCGCGUUCAAGGCUCAAUGGUUGCGUCUCGCGCUAUCCAGAAGCAAAUGCUAGAGUUCGCCGCGCGAAAUGGUGUUAAGCCCAUGGUUGAGACAUUUCCUAUGACAGAGAGCGGUAUUAUGAGGGCUUUCAAGACACUGGAAGAUGGGCGAAUGCGAUAUCGUGGGGUACUGGUACCUAGCCCUGUGGAAUAG